CAGCAAUUGGCAUUUUCACGUAAAUCUAUCAAAUUGUGACCGUCACAUGAUUGGCCCUGCCUCGAGAAUACUAUGUAGCGUGCCGACACUACGAACAAGCCAAUUGUUUUUUACUUGGCAGGUUUCGUUCUCGGCAUGUUGUCGGCAUCCCAGAAGUCGGAAGGCCCCUAUGACUUUUCGAUCAUGGGGGUGAGUGAAUAUCGGAGAGAUUUGAAGUACGCUGCGCAUUGCAUCAUGGAUCUUACAAAUGGUGAGUGAAUUAUAUAUCUUAAAGAGCACCAAGAAAUUAACGUUCCUCCCAACAAUCACCAUAUCACUAUCAUGUUGUUUGCGUCGCUUGUUCUUUUCACUGUUCUCCCUGCUGUUCUCGGCCAGGCUUGGCAGCAAUACCUAGCUGGACUUGUACAAACCUUAAACACUGAUGGGCUUACAACGCUGGCUUCUGCGAGUGCUGCAUUAAGUAGCUCAUCUGGUGGGCAGCAAGUGGCGCAGUCACUCUCUACAGGUAACUGGACAUUAUUUGCACCCAACAAUCAGGCUUUCAGCUCCUCUCCUAUCAAUCUCACAAGUGACCCAACAUCUAUUCUGGAUCUCCUUUCGUACCAUAUCGUACACGGUAAUUUUACCGAUCAAACUCCGUCAUAUCCAAACAUCACUCUUGGGCGAACGCUGCUUAAUGAUUCCUCACUCGUUUGGUUGGAAGGUAAUGAAUCCCAGGUUUUAGCGUGGUCGAAAGGAAGUAAUGGGAUAUUUGUGCUCAACAAUGGCACAACUGUUCCGGUCGUGAACAAAACAGCCUAUCAAAACAUCGAAGUCCUUGUCAUCGACUCUGUCCUUGAUAUUCCUCAAAACUUGUCCAAUACUAUUACUAACAGUACUUACGACGUCACAAGCGUUGCGGGUGGACUUUCGUCUAUCACUGUCCCUACCAAUAAUUCGAGUACACUGCUCGAUGUGCUCAACAACGCUCGCGGUAUAACCCUUUUCGCGCCAAAUAAUUCUGCUAUUGCGUCAGCGAGCUGCAUUGGCGGUUUGCUGCCAAAUAAUACUGCACUGAUUGCACUUUUCGGGAACCAUAUUAUUAAUGCUACAACCGUUUACUCGUCAGAAUUUACGAAUGGAAAUAAUUAUACUUCGGCCUCUGGUGAACCGUUCGCCUUCAAGACCAACUCCUCUGGAGUGUACGUGUCCAGCGCCGGCUCCAAUUGGGCGCGCAUCAUGCGGUCAGACGUAUUGACGUCCAAUGGAGUCGUACAUGUCAUCGAUAGUGUUCUUCUCGACACGAAAGUCAACGUUUCCGCUGCUACCUCUGCCUAUCAAUCGGCUACUUCAGUUGCCGCGACGAUGACCACCGAGACCGGCCCUGUGGGCGUUGCGCAUAAUACUUCUGUUGGACAUUGAAAGACUCAUUGAUUCAGACGGACCUCUCAAGCUUGGGAUAUUAUUGUCGAGGCCAGUUGCAUAGUUGCUCAUUAAUGCUUGUUUCGUUUAUAUUUUUCGUUUAUUUGUGAUUCUUCAUCUCACAUCUUGUAGCUCUUUAGUGUAAUAGUAAUAUUGUUGUCAAUCACUGAGUGAAUGUAGGUAGGUUUCGUUCUUCUAAAAGC